UUCGUUGUUGAAGAUAACAAAUACUGAAACCCUGCGGUUAUCGUUCUGUUUUCAGUUUGUCUUUAGCCUAUAUGCAGCUAUAUGUCGACAUAACCUCGAAAUGUCGCUGAUCUUAAAAUUAGUGAGUGUCCUUUCUGUAACUGUAUUCGUUCCGUCCGUAUGUCAACGAGAACAUGCUGGUGUCUAUGUUACGCUCUAUCCACCCAUGAAUGUGUCUUUUGGUUACAUUGGUGACAAGAUGGCCUAUGUAUAUUGGUUUCCACCUCCAGUCUACAUUCAUGUAAAUUUCACCAACACACUGGGGGACCCAAACGAACCUGCACCUGGUAAGACGGACACAGACAGUGGAACAGAUAUAGACACUGAUACAGCCUUGAACAAACAAAAGGAUGUGUCUUACAGGUAUAACAAGGACUCUGAUAACAGCACAGACACUAGUGUUUCUAACGUCGUUGACACAAGUAACAAUACCUUGUCAGCUAAGGUACAUAACAGUUCUGUCGCAACUUUAGACUUGUCUAAUGUAAACUCCAGCUCUAAUCAGAGCGAAAAUACAACGUCAGGGCCAUCAGUAGCGUCUGUGAUAACUGGCCCUGAACAGACCAACACUUCAUCAGGCGAUUAUAAGGCGACCGAGCAUCAUCAAAACCUUACGAUAUGGACGCCAUGGACUCCUAAAUACAUUAAGUAUAAUGACUCCCAGGAAAAACAACCCCUGGAGAAAACUGACAUCGUCAGAUUCCACGAUGGACAUCUACUUGGCUACAUUGUGAAGUGGUGGCCAGACGAGACAA